ACAUUAAAAAUUCGAUUUUAAAUGAAAUUGAGAAGAAAUUCAACACUGCACAACUUCUCCGAAAGAAAUUGCAUCAUGAAAUAGGAAAACGCGUCAUCCAUGCUUUAUUAGGAUCUAAAAACAAAGAGCUUAAAUUUACAACAUUUAUGGAAUAUUUCAAUAAUUAUAAAGGAGCAAAUGAAGUACUAGAAAACAACGUAUUUGCAUAUCAUCCGGAAAAUAAUGUUGUUACAUUUCAGUCCCAAUCGGUAGAAUCCUACAUUCGAGAAAACACCGACAUAUUCGUUAACCUAAUUGAUCUCACACCCCAAGAAGGGACAUCCUCCAAUCAAACGAACAAGUAA